UAACACAGCAUAAAGUCAUGGAUACAGAAGAUAAAUUAGUUUUCAUCGAUACAGAAGCCACAAAGGAGGUUGGGACAGUUGAAAAUAAAGAACUUAAUGACUUAAUAGCAUAUAUCAAAAGCUCAUUGUUUGAAAUAGAUCCUAAUGAAGCUGAAAAGGAAAAAAAAUUAAGUCUUCCAAAAGGCAUGAGUAUAAAGGAAGCGUUAGAUAAAUGCCCAAUUCAGGUAGAGUUUUUCAAGAAAAAAUCAAAAGAUGACAGCAAAAGGGAGGGGAAAUUCAAAGAUAAAUUAAUUAACUCACUGGAUGAUUACCUUGAAGAUCUAAGGCCGAAGAAUUACAAAUUUAUUACCGAUGGAAUCGAGACAAAGACAGACAUAUCAACAUUGGGAAUGUCUGAGAAUCAGCUGAAGAAAUUGAAUAGAAAGGAACGCGAGAAGACUAAAGGAGCAAAAUGGUUCAACAUGAAGGCACCAGAAAUGACAGAGGAACUAAAGAAUGAUCUAAGUAUUCUUCAAAUGAGAUCAGCACUUGAUCCAAAACAUUUUUACAAGAGAAGUGAAAUGAAAGCUUUGCCAAAGUACUUUGAGGUCGGACAAGUCAUUGACUCACCUGUUGAAUAUCACAAUUCUAAGGAUGUUCGAAAGCGAAAACGGACGUUGGUCGAUGAAUUGAUGGCAGAUGCUGAGUUCCAGAAGUUUAAUAAAAAGAAGUAUCAGGAAUAUGCAGCAGAGAAACAGAAGCAGCCACACUUUAAGAAGCCAAAAAAGGCAAAGCCUGUAAAAUAAAUGAUUAUUAAUAAUCUAAAUUUAUUAAUUUUUUUAAUAAUAAAAUGAAAUUUGAUUUAAACAAGAA